GUGAAAUAUAUGAUGGGAAGUGCAGCUAAUGCAACAACUGGUACAGUCGCGGAACUACACUGUGCGCCCGGAUUUGUUGCUAAUGGCGUCGAUGCUCUGAUAUGCGAGCUUCCUGGUUGGGCACCAGCUAGUUCACUCGGCGUUUGCGAAAAGGUAUCAUCGUUAGCCGAAAUAGUCAUUAUUUUACAGUAA